CAGCUGUUUCGCCUCCAAGGCUCUCCUGGAUCCAAAGCCAUGGUCAGGGACCACGGGUCCAGGUUCAGCUGGGACAAAGCACCCGGGAUAAAUGCAGAGCAUGGCACCAAGCCUCGAAGAGUUAAGAAUAAAGAAGGACUGUCUGCUGUCUGAGAGACAGCCUUGCUCUCUUCACUCCUUCUCUCUUCAGUCCUUGCCUUCUCCUCUGCUCCCUGGAGGAUCUGCUGAAGGGAGGCUGAAGGGAGCUACUUUAGCUCCCUGCCAUGGUCCUGCUGGCGUACGAGGUUAUGGGGCUGCUGUGCCCAGGCUCCCCGCAGCUGCCCUUUGGAUGGUGCUCACCAACCAGCUGGGAAACUGGCUCUCGGGCACUUUGGAGAGGAGGGUGUGGGAAAAGCUGGGCACCGUCUCCUGGAAGCAGCAAACACAAACCCGCGGCGGCAACAGAUGCUGGACCUGCUGCCCCACCUGGGAGCGCCGUGGAAGAGCCUGCUGCUGCCUGGCCGCUCCUCUUCCCUGCCGGGUGUCUGGGGAUGGGCUCAGCCCUGGCUGGUUGCUGCCCCUGGGGCUUGGCCAUAGGAUGCCUCUAAAUCCAGGGCUGCAGGCUCAGCUUCCUCUCAGCCACCUGCAGACCUGCUGGGCAGAAGGAUGCAUCUCCUCACCCUGCAGCCUCUCUGCGUGGGUGAUGCUUCCCCUUUCCUGCCCGUUGCCUCGCACCUGGUGCCCUCUCUGGUGCUGUUCACAGUGGAUCUCAUACUUACUGACCUGCCAGCCAGUGCUGCUGGCCUGGGUGGUGAAAGGGAUUUGCUGUUCCACUCAAAAAUUGCGGAGGAGACAGAGAGGGACCCUUGGAAGUGCUGUGGAUGUGCGUGUAGGACCAACGUGUGCCAUGCUCACAUCUGUUCUAUUCUGCUCCAUCCCAUCCCCAGGAGCUGACAGAAAUCCUGCCUGGUGGAAGGGGUGUAGGGAUGAGGGGCUCUGCUCUGGGUUUGUUUCUGUGCAGGAGCACGAGCUGCCCUAGGCUCCCUCAUUUCGCCACCAAAUUUGUGAUGGGAUGCACGGCAUGACUCCAUUUCCCAACCCAGCCUCCUUCCCUCUCCCCUCCUUUUGUGCCUACCCCAUGUUUUUGUAGAUCUGGAGGGUUUGUCUGAGUGGGAGUUCAAGCAUUAUACCUGAUCCUUGUGGUGUGGGUAGACUGGAAAACAAACAGGCAUGGUCCUGGGAUGUAUGCAUCAGGGAUGACCCGCAGGUUGUCCUUCUUAUGUGUUUAUGUGCAUCCCUGUCCCCCUCUGCGUGUUCCCUGCAUCUUCCUUCACAAUUUCAUUUCUUUUGCCUCUCCUUGCUGCCCUUUCUUCCUCCUCUCUCACCCUCUCCCUCUUUCUCCUGCCCUCCUCCUCAUUCUCUUUUUCUCAUUUGAUAUUCAUGCAUGAAUAAAUUCAAUUGCAUUUUUUCCCUGUUCCCCCUGAAGGGGCUUGUUGGUGAAUUGCAGGCAUCUGAAAUCAUAUAAUGCUCAGAUUCAUCAUUUCGGGGACAGAAUUGAAGCCCUUCUGCUUCCCAAGAAGAAAUCGCAGAUGCCUUUUUAUGAGGAGAGCACUCCUGGUGCACCUUGAGGAUCCUCUGAGGGCCGAGUUCAUCUUUCAGGAGAGGAAACAAGAUUAGACGCUCCAUAAAACACAACCCUGUUCUGCUGGAAGUGGGCAGCGGCUGCUGCCUCUGAUCCAAAGGCAUUUCAGGGCCUUGCGAGGGGCCGUGGCAGGGCCAACCACUGUCUUUGAGGCUCGAGGGACUUUAACCUAGGUGCCAAAAGCAGCCCUGGGCUCUGUGGCUUCUGCUUAAGGCCUGUGGCAAGGCCAAGCCAUGCCAUGUGGGGAUGGUGGGCGGUUUUCACCCUAGAUCGUGGCUUUACCAGAAGGUGGGCCUGCUCCGUGCCCGUCCCACGGAGAGUUAACAUCAGAGGGCCUGUUUCGCAGCCAGAUCGAAGUGCCUGCUUUCCCAGCCAUUUUUAGGUCAGAAGUGUUAAUUACCCUGACCCAGCUCUUCCAGCCGUGAGCACAAUGUCUGCGUCAGCUGGCGCAGCCUUCGUCUUGGUGGGGAAGAGCUGGAGAAGGAUCUGCGUAGCUGCUCGGCCACGGGAUGGGGCUGGUGGGGGGAGACGGGGCUGAAGCACUCCAUAUAGGCCUCCUAUGCUGGGAUCCUUGUGGGUUUUGUCCACCUCUCUCGUUUCCCCACAGCAACACAAAACACAGCAGAAAAGUAAUUUUCAGUGGGUUGUGCCCACCCCUGAGCUCCCCUAGCAGUUUUGGGAGCAGGGUGGGUGGCUGACUUUGAGGGAGGGGGUUCAGGUUGCUGUGUUAAAUCUCCCCAGAGGGUGUUUGCCUGCUCUGUUUGCUUUGUGACCUGGGAGGGACACACACUCUCCAGUGCAGGGCAAGGCAAGCACACCAAAGCCGGUGCCUAUCAGGGAAGGGAGGCAGAGAGGGCUGAGGGCAGGGGACAAGAGGCUGUCCCGAGACCCCCCGCACCUGUGUGUGCGGGGAGAUUUCUCCCCUUCCCCCGAAAUCCCUACUUUGUGCGCCUCUAAUUGUAGGUUUCCCCUAAAGACAUUUGGUGUCACUGUAAGGACGGCGUUUCUCUCUCCCUCUAUGCCCGUACAGUUAUUCUCGCUGUGCAGUCGCUCCGCGAGCCGCCGGUGAACAUACCAUAAGACACAGAUAGAGCGAGACAGACAGACAGAAAGCACACACCGGCCCUUCCUCCUCGCAUCCCCACCGCCGACCAGCCGAACUUGCCCCCACCCACACCACCAGCGCCUUCCAGCACCCCACCGUCGGUUUGACCCUCGGGGCUUUUCGGGAGGAAGCUUCUGUCACUUCUUAACACCACCCGCCUGGAAAACACACACACACACACAGCCACACGCAGCCCCCCAAGCCCUCCCGCGAAGGAAGAGGUCCUAUUUGUGUGUUUUUUUAUUUUAUUUUUUAUUUUAUUAUUUUUUUUUUGGACAGCGGAGCUUCAGACUCCAGCCUGAGCAGCCACAAUUUCUUAACAUGUAUUCUCCUUUUAAACCAUCUCCUUCCUGCACACGCUCAGUACUCGCAGCUCCGGAUCUAACACAACUCCCCGGUCCUUGCCUGCAGGUCCUUUGCUCCCCGUCACUCAGCUGAUCCUCAUCUUUUUCUUUUAUUUUCCCCCCCACCCCCCGGGGUGCUGAGGUGUGUGUGUGUGUGUGUGUGUGCCCGUGUGCAAGGAGGGGGGUGGGGGCGGGGGGGCUUUUUAUUUUUAUUUUUUUUUAAUUUAAUUUUAUUAUUAUUAUUUUUUUUUCCCGGUGGGGAAUUUUUCAAACCGUCUUCAUUAGUGUUUUAUUUUGCUUCUCUGACUUGGACACUUCUCCCUUGGAGAUUUCUUUUCCAUGCAAAGGGGUUCUUGCUUGUGGCGGGCAUGGCAGAGUACAUCCCCCAGCCUCCCUCCACCUGGCCCGCGGGCCCUCAGCCCCCCAACGCCUCCACCAGCUGCCCACUGGAGCCUGUGGACCUGGGGGUCUCGGAGCAGCAAACGCCGCCAGAGCAGCCCCCAUCCUCCCCAGAGCUGGGCGAGGAUGAAGAAGCCACCUCCCCGCCAGAUCCCGACGUCCCCUACCCCGACUUGGCCCCGGUUGUCUUCUUCUGCUUGAAGCAGACCACCAGCCCUCGGAACUGGUGCAUCAAAAUGGUGUGCAACCCCUGGUUUGAAUGUGUCAGCAUGAUGGUGAUUUUGCUAAACUGCGUUACCCUGGGGAUGUACCAGCCAUGUGAGGAUAUGGACUGCCUGUCUGACAGGUGUAAAAUCUUGCAGGUAUUUGAUGAUUUCAUCUUCAUCUUCUUUGCAAUGGAAAUGAUUUUAAAGAUGGUGGCCCUGGGGAUCUUUGGCAAGAAGUGUUACCUUGGGGAUACCUGGAACCGCCUGGACUUCUUUAUUGUUAUGGCUGGGAUGGUGGAGUACUCCCUGGAUCUCCAAAACAUUAACUUGUCUGCAAUCCGUACUGUCCGCGUCCUGAGACCCCUGAAAGCUAUCAACCGUGUGCCCAGCAUGCGCAUCCUUGUGAAUUUGCUCCUGGACACCUUGCCCAUGCUGGGGAACGUCCUCCUCCUCUGCUUCUUUGUCUUCUUCAUCUUCGGCAUCAUCGGGGUGCAGCUGUGGGCUGGGCUGCUCCGCAACCGCUGCUUCAUGGAGGAGAACUUCACAAUACAAGGUGACAUUGUCCUGCCACCUUAUUACCAGCCUGAGGAAGAUGAUGAGAUGCCCUUUAUCUGCUCGCUGUCAGGAGACAAUGGAAUCAUGGGCUGUCACGAGAUCCCGCCCCUGAAGGAGCGGGGCCAUGAGUGUUGUUUGGACAAGGACGAUUAUUAUUACUACAACUCAGUCCGGCAAGAGUUCAACAUCAGUGGCAUGUGUGUCAACUGGAACCAGUACUACAACGUGUGCCGUACAGGAAACGCCAACCCGCACAAGGGUGCCAUCAACUUUGACAAUAUUGGGUAUGCCUGGAUUGUGAUAUUUCAGGUGAUCACACUGGAAGGGUGGGUGGAGAUCAUGUACUAUGUGAUGGAUGCCCAUUCAUUCUACAAUUUUAUCUACUUUAUCUUGCUGAUAAUUGUGGGCUCCUUCUUCAUGAUUAACCUGUGCCUGGUGGUCAUCGCCACGCAGUUCUCGGAGACCAAGCAGCGGGAGCACCAGCUGAUGCAGGAGCAGCGGGCCCGGUACCUCUCCUCCAGCACCGUCGCCAGCUACAUGGAGCCGGGAGACUGCUACGAGGAGAUCUUCCAAUACGUCUGCCACAUCGUGCGCAAAGCCAAGCGCCGCACCCUUGGGCUGUACAACAGCAUACAAAGCCGGCGCCAGGGCCACGCGGAGCCGAGCAAUGCCAAGCUAGGCAUGCACAGGAAAAGCCAGAGGCACUACAGGCUUUGCCAACAGCACAACUCUCUUGACUGCCCUCCUCAGGGCUUGGUCCAGCCCAUUGCUGUGACAGCAACCUCUGAUCCCACCAACUGUCCCCGAUGCCACAGGGGGGAACAUGACGCAUCCCGAAGACUCUCUGUCCUGGGCAGCGCUGAUUCAGACCAGGAGGACGGAGGAGCCAGUGAAGAGGAGGGAGAGGGCAGCAGAGGGGACCAGGGUGCCUCAGCACCGGAGAAGGAGGAGGAGGAGGUGGAAGAAGGCGGACGGCUGAAGCUCUGCAGUGACAUGUGGCGGGAAGUGAGGGUCAAGCUUCGAGGGAUUGUGGACAGCAAGUACUUCAACCGUGGGAUCAUGAUCGCGAUCCUUGUGAACACCAUCAGCAUGGGCAUUGAGCACCACGAGCAGCCAGAGGAACUGACCAACAUCUUGGAGAUAAGCAACGUUGUCUUUACAAGCAUGUUUGCCCUAGAGAUGAUCCUGAAACUUGCUGCUUUUGGUCUCUUUGAUUACCUCCGCAACCCCUACAACAUCUUUGACAGCAUCAUCGUCAUCAUCAGCAUCUGGGAGAUCAUCGGCCAGUCGGACGGGGGCCUCUCUGUGCUGAGGACUUUCCGUCUCCUGCGGGUGCUGAAGCUGGUGCGUUUCAUGCCCGCACUGCGCCGCCAGCUCGUGGUGCUGAUGAAGACUAUGGACAACGUGGCCACCUUCUGCAUGCUCCUUAUGCUCUUCAUCUUCAUCUUCAGCAUCCUCGGAAUGCACAUCUUUGGUUGCAAGUUUAGCCUCAGGACGGACACAGGAGAUACAAUUCCCGACCGGAAGAAUUUUGACUCCCUGCUGUGGGCCAUCGUCACCGUCUUCCAGAUCCUAACCCAAGAGGACUGGAAUGUUGUGCUCUAUAAUGGCAUGGCCUCCACCUCACCAUGGGCAUCCCUUUACUUUGUGGCUCUCAUGACAUUUGGCAAUUAUGUGCUCUUCAAUCUGCUGGUGGCCAUCCUUGUGGAGGGAUUCCAGGCUGAGGGUGAUGCCAACCGGUCAUACUCAGAGGAAGAUCAGAGUUCAUCAAACAUAGAGGAGUUAGAUCAGUUCCAAGAGGUCCAGGAAGGCUCAGAUCCCAAGCUCUGUGCCAUUCCUGUGACACCAAAUGGACACUUGGACCCAUCCUUGCCCUCCUCCAACCCACCAGUGGCUGCUGGGGGGGUCACCAACUCCUCACGUAACUCCCUGCAGCCUGACCAGAUCCGUGUUGCUGUUGGCUCCCGGAAGAGCAGCGUGAUGUCCCUGGGGAGAAUGACCUAUGACCAGCGGUCCUUGUCCAGCUCUCGCAGUUCCCACUACGGGGCCUGGGGCCGCAGCGGGGCCUGGGGGAGCCGUCGCUCCAGCUGGAACAGCCUGGCCCGAGGACACAGCCUGAAGCACAAACCUCCCUCUGCCGAGCACGAGUCCCUCCUGUCCGGGGAGAGGCACAGGGCAGGAGAUAAGGAGCCAGAUGGGGCAGGGAGGGUGUUUCAUCACCGCCGGACACUCUCCCUGGACAACAAAGGCUCCUGCGACCUGCUGGAGUUGGCCUCUGUCCCAUCCACCCACAGAGGGACCCGUAAGCUCGGGACGGUGCCAGGGGCCAGCGAGCAUCAAGACUGCAAUGGCAAAAUGCCCAGUAUUGCCAAGGAGAUCUUCCCAAAGAUGAACAACCGCAAGGAGCGUGGGGAGGAUGAUGAAGAGAUCGAUUAUAGCCUGUGCUUUCGCAUCCGGAAGAUGAUGGAAGUCUAUAAGCCAGACUGGUGUGAGCUCCGGGAAGACUGGUCCAUAUAUCUCUUUUCUCCUCAAAACAGGUUUCGCCUCCUCUGCCAAACCAUCAUUGCUCACAAGCUCUUUGACUAUGUUGUGCUGGCCUUCAUCUUCCUGAACUGCAUCACCAUUGCCCUGGAGAGACCGCAGAUUGAACACAGAAGCACGGAGAGAAUCUUUCUUACUGUGUCCAACUACAUUUUCACAGCAAUUUUCGUAGCUGAGAUGACGCUGAAGGUGGUUUCUCUAGGCCUGUAUUUUGGCGAUCAGGCUUAUCUCCGCAGCAGCUGGAACAUCCUGGAUGGCUUCUUGGUCUUUGUGUCCCUCAUCGACAUUGUGGUCUCGGUAGCUUCUGCUGGUGGUGCCAAAAUCCUUGGGGUGCUGCGGGUCCUCCGGCUGCUGCGCACCUUACGGCCCCUCCGAGUCAUCAGCCGAGCCCCUGGCCUGAAGCUGGUGGUGGAGACGCUCAUUUCUUCCCUCAAGCCCAUAGGAAACAUUGUCCUCAUCUGCUGUGCUUUCUUCAUCAUCUUCGGGAUCCUGGGUGUGCAGCUCUUCAAAGGCAAGUUCUACCACUGCCUGGGGGUCGACAUCAGGAACAUCACCAACCGAUCCGACUGCGUGGCUGCCAACUACAAGUGGGUGCACCACAAGUACAACUUUGAUAACCUGGGACAGGCCCUGAUGUCUCUCUUUGUUCUGGCUUCCAAGGAUGGCUGGGUCAAUAUUAUGUAUAAUGGACUAGAUGCUGUGGCUGUAGACCAGCAGCCGGUCACCAACAACAACCCCUGGAUGCUCCUCUACUUCAUCUCUUUCCUCCUCAUCGUCAGCUUCUUUGUGCUCAACAUGUUUGUGGGGGUGGUGGUGGAGAACUUCCACAAGUGCCGGCAGCACCAGGAGGCCGAGGAGGCACGCCGGCGGGAGGAGAAGCGCCUGCGGCGCCUGGAGAAGAAGAGAAGGAAAGCGCAGCGUUUGCCGUACUAUGCUACCUACUGCCCCAUACGCCUCCUUAUCCAUUCGGUCUGCACCAGCCACUAUCUGGACAUCUUCAUCACUUUCAUCAUCUGCCUCAACGUGGUCACCAUGUCCUUGGAGCACUACAACCAACCUGUGUCCCUGGAGACAGCUCUUAAGUACUGCAACUACCUGUUCACCACUGUCUUUGUGUUGGAGGCAGUUCUCAAGCUGGUGGCAUUCGGUCUGCGGCGAUUCUUCAAAGACAGGUGGAACCAGCUAGAUCUGGCCAUUGUGUUGCUGUCUGUCAUGGGCAUCACACUGGAAGAGAUUGAAAUCAAUGCUGCUCUCCCAAUUAACCCCACUAUCAUCCGGAUCAUGAGGGUGCUGCGCAUUGCCCGGGUCCUGAAGCUACUGAAGAUGGCCACAGGAAUGCGAGCACUCCUGGAUACAGUUGUUCAAGCCCUGCCACAGGUGGGGAACCUUGGACUGCUUUUCAUGCUGCUCUUUUUCAUCUACGCUGCUCUAGGAGUGGAGCUCUUUGGAAAACUAGUGUGCAAUGACGAGAACCCCUGUGAGGGCAUGAGCCGUCACGCCACCUUUGAGAACUUCGGGAUGGCUUUCCUCACGCUGUUCCAGGUGUCCACAGGUGACAAUUGGAACGGGAUCAUGAAGGAUACCUUACGUGACUGCAGCCACGAUGACCGGAGCUGCCUCAGCAACCUGCAGUUCAUCUCCCCACUGUACUUUGUCAGCUUUGUGCUCACAGCCCAGUUUGUCCUCAUCAAUGUGGUGGUAGCUGUGCUCAUGAAACAUCUGGAUGACAGCAACAAGGAAGCCCAGGAGGAUGCGGAGAUGGAUGCUGAGAUUGAGCUGGAAUUUUCGCAUGGGCUGUGCUCCCGCAAGUCAGGUUCUCCGAAUUCAGGGCAGGGAAAAGGAGCAGGAGCAGGAACAGGAGGCAGUGGUGGGAGAACAGAUCCUGAAGGACGGCUGUGCAUGAGAUGCUACUCUCCGGCACAGGAGAACUUAUGGCUGGACAGUGUCUCUUUAAUUAUUAAGGACUCCUUCGACGGGGAGUUAAUGAUCAUCGAUAACCUAUCGGGCUCCGUCUUCCAUCAUUACUCCUCGCCGGCCAUGUGCGAGAAGUGUAACCAUGACAAGCAAGAGGUCCAGCUGGCUGAAAUGGAAGCAUUAUCUCUCAACUCAGACAAGUCCUCUUCCAUCCUUCUAGGAGAUGAGUCAGAUAAUCGCAGCACGUCUCAGCUGAGUCCCAAGGAGACCAAGGAUGGCAAGGACAGCCCUGACUCCACUGGGGUAGGAGAUUUAGGGGAAUGCCUCCUCCCGAUAUCCAGUGCGGAUGGCUCUACAAAUCCAGACAGUUACUUGUGUGAAAUGGAGAAAACUCCUUUCAACACAGUCCAGUCUUGGCUAAAGCAUGAAGGUACCAAAGUCCCUCCCAGCCCCUAUUCUCCAGGUACAUCUUGCCCUCUGUUACCUGUACCAGCAGAAUUUUUCCACCCAGCCAUCUCUGCCACCCAGACAGGGCCUGAGAAGGUCUCGUGUCCACGCAACCUUCCUAAGAUCUCCCUGCAAGGCUCAUGGGCAUCACUGAGAUCUCCGAGUGUGAACUGUUCACUUCUUCACCAGGCCCCCGAGAGCGACACCUCGCUGGACAGCCGGAGCAGCAGCUCGGCGGGCAGCCUGCAGACCACGCUGGAGGACAGCCUCAACCUCAGCGACUCUCCCCAGUGCACCUUGGACCUCCCGGUGGCCCUGUGCCCCGUACCAGCCGCCGGCGACCAAAGACCCCUGGCGGCCCCCCUCUCCCCGGCCUCCCGUCGCCGCAGCUUGCGGGGCCGGGGGCUCUUCAGCCUGCGGAGCAUCCGCCGACACCAGCGGAGCCACAGCAGCGGAGGGAGCACCAGCCCCGGCUGCACCCACCACGACUCCAUGGACCCCUCGGAUGAGGAGGGGGCAGGCAGCAGCCUGCGGGGGGGCGGCAACAACAGCGAGCCCUCGGAGACCCUCAGCAGCCUCUCACUGACCUCCCUCUUCUCACCCCCGCCGCCGGGGCUGACGCUGGGGAAGAAGUGCAGCAGCACCAGCAGCCUCCACGCCAGCCCCUCGCCCCGCCGCCCCGCCGCACACCACGCCAAGCCCUUCUACACCGUUGACCCCCGGGGCUUCCUCUCCAUGCCCUCGUGGGUGACGGACUUCUGCAAGGACACCCCCUCGCCCGGGCAAGGAGAGGAGCCGGACGGCCCUGGCAGACUGGGGACAGGGGAGCGCGGCUCCCCGCUGCCGUCCGAGCUGGAGCUGGGUGACGGGGUCAGCAAGAGGAACAGAUGAGGGUCCCUGGGGUGCGAGGGGGGGAGCGUUCGGCCGCCAGCAUGGGGAGCGCGUUUCGCCAGCUGCUCCCCAGCAGCGAUUCCAAAGGAUUUGCGGGAGAAAGAACCAGGCAAACAAAAAAUUAUAAAUAUAUAUAUAUACAUAAAUAUAUAUAUAUAUAUAUAUAUAGAAUAAAUACUCUGGUACCGUACCUCAGAGGCGUGGGAGAGUGCAAGCAAUACGGGAACAGUCCUGCCCGAGGGCAAGACCUGGACCAUCACUGCAGAGACUACAGUGACUAGAAAAGGCCAUGGGGCUGGGAGGGACGGGACCCUCCGGCCAGGUGACUGCUGCCUGGCAGCCAUUUAGUUAUAUACAUAUACAUAUAUAGAGAGAGAUCGAUUUAUUUAUUUUUUUUACCGAGAGAUUACGAAUUUCAGAAAGUGCUAAGGAGGAAGGAGCAAAUGGGGGCUGAAGGAGGUGCUAUGCAGAAUUAAGGAGGGUGGGCAAGCAGGGUGGGGUGAAGGGAAGCGGGGUGAGCAGCAAGGGAAGAGCGUCCGGGGCUUGCCUCGCCUGUUUCUGGGAACUUCCUUAUUGUUCAUGCUUCCAUUUCAAACAUUAAAAAUUGUGGGCCAGGUCUUCAGGUCUAGCGUAAAUUGGCCAAACAGCGAUUGUGCGCUUCUGUUGGUGUAGUGCAGCGGAGCUCUGUCUUGAAGGGGAUUCACUGCUGAAAAACAGGGGAAUAUCUGGCCCUGGUGGCGGGAAAAAUCAAACAGCCAUGGAGCACGGGACAUGUUUUGAGGUGAAAAGCCUGGCUUUGAAGGGAUUGUGCAAGCACAGAGGGUGUGCUCAUGGGUGGAGGGGAUGGGGGGCUCCGUGGUGUAUUUUUGUAGCUGUUUUGUUGGGUUUGUCCUUUGCAUUUUGUUCCAAAGAAAGAAAACUGCUAAGGGGAAAAAUGUGCAAGGUACACAAGGAAAUUUGGAGUGGGACAGGCAGGGGAGGAGAGGGAGGGAGAGGUUAAAAAAAAAUAGGGAGAGGGGAAACUGCACUUUUCCCCUUUCAUUUGCAGUAAUUGUGAUAUUUUCUUUUAGAAGCCCAAAGGUGCAAAAACCAUCUCUAGAGAAACCUAUCUGUUAUUUUUGUAUCUAUAGCUAUAUAUAUAUAUAUAUUAAAAGAUGACAAAAAAUAGAAUUUUAAAAAGGACAAAUAAAAGCAAAGGGGGCUUCAACACAAACUGUAGUGGGCCCCCUGACUGGAUACCAACCCUGCCCUACAUCCCAGCAGGAAGACCCUACAAGAGCAUCCUUGGCUUGGUGACAGCUCUGCCUCUUCUCCAGUGUCACCUCCAUCCUCUGGUGUUUUUCCAACCUCCAUCAGUGUAGCUGGGAUCAGGGGCCUGCUCAGCGUGCAACCGUGGAUGUGGGGAGCAGGAACAUCAGUGUGUGUGUGUCUGUGUGUGUGUGCGUGCACAGAUGUGAGGGUGCUCGUGUGUGUUGUGUCCUGGCUGGCUCACCAGAUGGUGAGAGGGAGAAGGAGGGAGCUGCAUCCAGCUGUGUCGCAGGAGACCACCCAUGUGCUGCGGGGUGGUGGGAGAGGGCAGACCGACUCCUCAAACCAAGCCUUGCCUCAGGACCCCAAUCCAGAGAUACAAUCCUCUCCCACAUGGCUGCAGUGAGGUCUCCAGGGGCUGUGUCCCCCAUUCCUCUUCCAGCAAUGUGACCACACGCAUCUCCUUCCUUGCUGGGGCCAGCCCACAUCUCCCCUGGUUUUGUGCCCUGGCCAGGUUUCCAGGUGGGUGGGAAAAGGCAUCAGUCAGCCACCCAGGGGGCACUAAGAAUUUGGGAUGUUUCCUCCUGACCCAGGCAAGACCCACCAAGGUAUCUCAGAGGAAAUGGAGAAGGGCAGCAGAGGGUGGACAGCAGCCCUACAGAGAUGGGGAGGCUGAUGCACUACUCAGAGAAAGAGCAGGGCUCACUGGUGGAUUCCCAUCCCAUUUUUUUCCCCACCAGAUCAAGAGGGUCACUGCAGCAGAGCUCUCCCUAUUGGCAUCUGAGGCAUCGCGGAGGGGGCGGCACACCACAGACUUCCUGGUUUUAUCAUUACCUGUCUGAAUUUUAAGCUGCUGCUGCAUCUUAUGAACUGGAGUUGUAAACAGCAAUCACGUCAAUUGGGACAAACAACAGAAAAGAAAAGGAUAAUUACUACACGGACUGGACUUAUUUGCUGAAAGGAGUGUUUGUUGUCUUGGCAGUGUGCACACUGACUGCAGGGAGGUCAGACCUGCGGACAGAGGACAGGAGAGCCCAGGUCCUCCUUACAGAAAGUUUCCAGUCCAGAUUUAUUAAAGCAAUAAUAAGGGUC